AUGUUAUCUGAUUUAGAUAGGAAAGUUUGCUAAAAACAUAAAUUAGAGAUUUAAACUAUAGAUUUAACAUAAUCAACAGCUGAUCAAGAUAAAUACCUUUGCAUAAAGUGUUUAAUGGAGAAAAUCGAUAUUUAAAAUAUGGCUUUGGUAGAUGAAACAAAAACAAUGAUUAAAUAAAUGAAAAGUGAGUAAUUCAACAAUAAAAUCAAAGAGUAUUAAAGAAGAAUUCAAAACUUUAAAUAAAUUGAAUCAUAAGUUAAAGAAAUGAAAGUGUCUAUCAAUAAUACCAUAGACAAACUAUAAUCUAAUUUAAAUUAGAAAAUAACUAUAAUGGAGAAUGAAUUAAAUGAUUCAGAAUCAAAAACAGUGAAUUCUACUUUUGAAGAAGAUGUGAGAAUUUUAUCAAAGAAUUAUAAAGGAUCAUUCAACUAUUGA